AUGGGGUACGAUAUUGCAGAAGGAACAAGGGUAUAUGUGAAUGCUUAUGCGAUUAUGAGGGAUCCUAAAGUGUGGGAGAAUCCUGAAAUGUUUCUUCCAGAGAGGUUCUUGGAUUUCUCUGUUGAUUUCGUAAGGCAUAAUUUCGAGUUACUUACGUUUGGUGCGGGAAGAAGGGGUUGCCCUGGAAGGGUCUUUGCCAUGGCCAUUAAUGAGAAGGUGAUGGUGACUGUUCUAUCCAUAUUUGAUUGGUCGCUGCCAUCGGGUGUAAGACCAAAGGACGUUGAUAUGAAUGAAACUUUUGGUCUUGCUAAUCACAGAAAGGUGCCCCUACUUGCUCUUGGAAAACCUCACCAUGAUUGGUAA